CGGAUUCGGCACGAAUACAAAAGAGGGGUUUCAACUAAAGAAGAAUAAUGUCGCUCUCCUCACUUUGCUCAGUCGUCUCCUUAGUCCGCUACUCAUACGCGUGCAGUCUUCCUCCUUUCUAGGGUUUCGUGCGCUCGCGGCGUUUCGCCGUCGAAUGGAUCAUCUCCUUCAGGCGAAGCAACUCUCCACCGGUGGUGGCGACGCUAUCGAUUACGCUUUCGCCGUCGAGUAUAGUGGCCCGCCGGUCCCUUAUGAGAUCCCUCAGGCCAUCCCGAUCGAGAUCGAACGGAUCCCCGUCGCCACCGUGGUAUCGCCAGCCUUCCUUUCCGACCAACUCGCUCUCCCCGUCGCUCAGCCUCUCCCGUCCCCGAACCCCCUCAAGAAAGCUGAUGUCUACUCCCCGACCUCUGUCAUUGAGAACCACAUCGCUGUUGAUGGCGAGCUAUCAGGCGAGGUUGCCAGCUCCGGCGCGGUCGUGUUCUCCAGCGAGCUUAAGGGAAGCGAGGGUUAUUUGAACGAGCGGAACUCGAUGGAGUCGGACCUGAGUUCUGAUUUUGGAUUGCGUUCUUCGGUCUCUGAAGAGGAUGAGUACGGGGAAGAACGCGAUGGUGAAAUUAACGAUCAGGUUAGGCCGGUUGGGGUGAGUUUCCAGGGUUCAGCGGAAACGAGUGGGGCUGCCUCUUCGGAUAUGAUCGCUGGUUGUCAGGGGAGAGAUGAAGAGUAUGUGAGGAUGGUGAAGAAGGGGGCAUGCUGUAGGUGCUUGAAAGGAAACCGGUUUACGGAGAAGGAGGGUUGCUUGGUUUGUGAUGCGAAGUAUUGCAGCGGGUGCAUUUUGAGGGCGAUGGGGUCCAUGCCGGAAGGUAGAAAGUGUGUCCAAUGCAUUGGGGGUUCGGUUGAUGAGUCAAAGAGGGAGAGGCUGGGGAAUGCCUCUAGAAUGCUGAAGAGAUUGCUGAGUUCUCUGGAGGUUGAACAGGUUAUGAAGGCUGAGAAAUAUUGCGAGGCAAACCAGCUUAAGCCAGAAGACGUUUGUGUUAAUGGGAAACCGCUCACUCAUGAAGAGAUUUUUAUGUUGCAGAGCUGUCCAUGCCCACCCUCGAAGUUGAGGCCGGGCUACUAUUGGUAUGACAAAGUCUCUGGAUUUUGGGGAAAGGUAGGGCACAAGCCUGAGAAGAUUAUUAGCCCCAAUCUUAACGUGGGUGGCAGUAUAAUGCGCAAUGCAAGCAAUGGAAACACUGGCAUAUUGAUAAAUGGUCGUGAGAUUACAAAAGUUGAACUGCAAAUGCUUAAGUGGGCAGGGGUUCAAUGUGCUGGAAAUCCUCACUUUUGGGUUAAUUCUGAUGGAACCUACCAGGAAGAGGGCCAGAAGAAUAUUAAGGGUCAGAUAUGGGGAAGGGCGAGGACAAAGUUGCUUUGCUCUUUUUUAUCAUUGCCAGUUCCCUCAAAAGCUGCAAAGACUUUUGGCGAAGAUGUGAAUAUCAUGGUCAAUAGAGCUGUGCAUGAUUACAGUGAGCAGAGGACAACCCAAAAGCUUCUUUUAGUUGGUUCUUGUGGAUCUGGCUCCAGCACUCUAUUCAAACAGGCUAAGUUUUUGUAUAAGAGAGAUCCAUUCAACGAGGAAGAGCUUCAGAGUAUUAAGUUGAUGAUUCAAACAAACAUAUAUAGUUAUCUCGGAAUAUUACUUGAGGGCCGUGAACACUUCGAGGAAGAGUUUUUAUCUGAGAAAAGGAAAAAUCAAUUUUAUGAAUCUUCUUCUUUAGAAGAACAUACAGCCGGAACUCCAUAUUCGAUUUCCGCAAGGCUUAAAGAAUUAUCCGAUUGGCUCCUCAAGGUCAUUGCAGCAGGUAACUUGGAAGCCAUUUUUCCAGCUGCAACACGUGAAUAUGCACCAUCAGUUGAGGAGUUGUGGAAUACUUCUGCUAUUCAAAUGACAUAUAAAAGGAUAUCUGAACUACAGUCAUUUCCUGGUGUUGCUUGUUACUUCUUAGAUCGGGUGGUUGAAAUAUCUAGGAUUGACUACGAGCCUUCUAAAUUGGAGAUCCUCUAUGCUGAGGGAAUGGCGUCAACAAAUGGAUUAGCUUGUAUGGAAUUCUUUUACCCCCAGUCAGACUUCGGUGGAACUGACCUUUCUGAGCCGGAUACACAAUUGAGGUAUCAACUUAUGAGGCUUCAUACUAAAGGCUUGGGGGAGAAUUUAAAGUGGCUGGAUAUGUUUGAGGAUGUGCAGCUCGUCGUCUUCUGUGUCGCCCUGAGCGACUAUGAUGAAGUGUAUGAGAAUGCAGAUGGAGAAAUUUCAAACAAGAUGAUGGAGGACAAGAAACUAUUUGAGAGCGUCGCAUCUCAUCCUACUUUUCAGGAAAUGGACUUUCUUCUCAUACUAAACAAAUUUGAUCAGCUCGAGCAGAUGAUCGAAAAUUCGCCGCUGACCACCUGCGAUUGGUUCGAUGACUUCGAACCAGUGGUUAGCCGAUAUCCCAACAAGAAAAACCGCAACGCCAAUAAUUGCGCCACAUUAGCUCAGACGGCCUUCCACUAUAUAGCCAUGAAGUUCAAGAGGCUCUUCUAUUCACUUACCAGAAGGAAGCUAUAUGUGACUUUCACCAAUGGCUUGGACUCAGAUUCCGCUGACUCUGCUUUUAGGUAUGCAAGAGAGAUUCUUAAGUGGAAGGAAGAGAUACCAGCUCCAAAUGACGACACUUGCACCACUGAUAUAUAUAGCACGGAUCCAAGCUCCUAUUCUCAUUGAUCUCUUUUGGAGCAAAUGAAAGAGUCUGUAUAUAGGCUUCCCCUUCCUUCAGGUAUUUUUAUGUAUUUUAUUUUAUUUUUUUUAAUUUUGAUUUGUUCUAGUUUUAUUUGUAUAAAUGUGAUUCACGUUUGGUAUGAAUGAUGUAGAUUGAAAAUGAGGCCAGGAUUAGUCAGUGAAAGUAGCUUUGAUUUUUAGAAGGGGUUUCAGUGCUUUUUAAUGAUGGUUUACUGUGUUGAAAUA